GAGGAGGUCCAAAGCGUAGCUUCAAAAGGGACGAACGACUAGCAGCAAAUCUGCUAGUUUAGUUUUUGUUGCAUUCGGUGUCGUUUUUUUUGCUAAUUUAAAGUAUGAAUAGAAGUGGGAGCGCAGCAGGUCAUGGGAAAAAGAUAGCGGUUCCAGAUAAAGUCGACAUGUCAUUAGAUGACAUUAUUCGGUUGAACAAAAAAGAGCAACAGUUGAAAAGGAGGCAGGCCAACCUGAACCGUCGACCAGUCAAGAAGAAAGGCCAUUUAAUCCAGGGAAAGGGAGUCUCAUCGAGGACUGCAGGACCAGUUCAGAGAGGUGGGGGUUUCUCUCAAAGAGGAGCAGCUAAGUUAAGGAACAGAAGGGUACCCCCACUUCCUCCAGGACGACGACGAGGACAGGGGGUUAUUACUGGACUGGCAGCCAGGAGGCCAACUGCCCUCCUGAAACGACUUGGUACACUGAACAGAGCAGCAGCAACCCAGAAAGCAAGACAGAGAACAAGGCCCUUCAUUCAACACACUGAAGCCCAGUACAGGAAGCCAGAGGUCCAGAGACGGCCCUACAGACAGGCCGAGCCACAGAGAGGCCAGAGCGCAACAGGAGUCAGGAGACCGUUUCAGCUGCGACGGAGACCGCUGCCACCUGUCCAGCAGACUCAGAGGGAAGCACGCCAGGCCACAUUUCUGUUUCGCAGAGGACUGAAGGUACAAGCCCAAGUGCAAAAGCCAAACCCUCGCUCUCCUCCAGUCAGGACUCGGCAGUGGCGCACAUCCACAACAAGUAGUGGAAUCCUGACUGUGUCGAUUGACAACCCCACAGCCCGAACUCAGCCAGAACCCCCCAGCGCCUGGACUCUGCACCCCCCAGCCCCCAGCCCUGCUCCUGUCAAAACGGAGACCGUGGAGAAGAAAAUACCUAAAGGAGUACCUCUGCAGUUCGACAUCAACAGCGUCGGGAAACCGCAGACGUCCAUGACCUUAAACGAGCGGUUCCGUAUCCUCAAAGAUCGGCGCACCGCCACGGCGCAAAGCAGUAAAGGCAGUCGAUUUGUUACUGUGGGUUAACCCGCAAGAAGAGACGACCCCGAAGCCCCCUGUGUCCCGAUCAGACCCACACACCGACCCCCCCCCCCCCCCACCCCACCCUACCGAUGGCUGGGACGUGGUAUUUUACCCACCGGUUGCUGACGGAAAGGAGAGCGACUGCGGAUCAAACGAGUACAAGGUGCACAACUGAUGAACUGAUGUCGAUGAAGGACGGUUUGUGAAAAAAAAAAAAAAAAAAAAAAGCAUUAAUAGUCGGUGUCGUGCUCAGAUGUUUGUCUUGUGGAUGUCCUGUACUGGCAAAGGGAGGGUUAUGGUCCUCUUUUGGACAUGAUACCGUUGACACUAAUGAGGAAUGCUUGGAAGUAUUUCUUUUCAGAGGACUGCUGUGUAUUUGCACGUAUGUUCUCAAUACCUUUUUUGAGAUUUUUGAGAAUUGUUUUGUACAUUCAAAUAAAAAUGUCUCUUUCAGA